AUUUAAGAGAAAUAACUAGUUUAAUUAAAUGAAACAUAGAGGUCAAUGAAUUUUCCUCAUUCGAAAACAAUUAUACAGCAACACCACUUUCGCUCAAUCAAUUUUCUCGGCAACCAAACACCAAAACAAACCAUUCACCUCCACUCUGCCACUUCUUCUUCUUCUACUCAUGCAAUCUAAAUCUCAUCCAAAUCCCUAGCCCACGAAACCCCACAAUGGCCUCACUCUUCUUCUUCUUCUUCUUCUUCUUCUUCUUCUUCACAAUUCUGCCAUGAAACUCCCUUCUCUUCUGCUCCGCCCAGUCUCCUCUCAUCUCAUCUCUCCCAAACUAUCUUCAUCGUUCUCUUCUUUAACUCUACAAUCUUCUGUUGUCAAAGAAGUCCUGACCAUCCUUGACACUAUCAACCCCAUUGAACCUGCCUUGGACCCUCUAGUACCCUUUCUUUCUUCCCAAAAUAUCAACUCUAUACUCAAGAAAACACCAAACCCUCAAUUAGGUUUUCGUUUCUUUAUCUGGGCAUCUAAAUGGAAGCGUUUCCGCAAUGAGAGAUCUCAAAAUUUGAUCAUUGACAUGCUCUUAAAGGCGAAUGGGUUUGAUUUGUAUUGGCAAAUCCUUGAGGAGUUAAAGGCUAGCGAUGUUUCUAUUGUGUCCUAUGCGUUUUCUGUUCUUAUUUCAGGCUAUGCUGAAGUGGGUAACUGCGAAAAAGCGUUGGAGAUUUUUGGUAAGAUCAAGGAAUUUGAUUGUGAGCCUGAUGUUUACACUUAUAAUAAGAUUUUACACAUUGUGUCGCGUCAACAAGUGGUUUUGUUAACUUUGGCUGUUUAUAAUCAGAUGUUGAAAUUGAAUUGUACGCCCACUAAAGCAACGUUUAGUAUUUUGAUUGAUGGGUUGUGUAAGAGUGGCAAAACUCAGGAUGCACUUAAACUGUUUGAUGAAAUGAUGCAGAGAGGCAUGUCGCCGAAUAGGAUUACCUAUACUAUUGUUAUUUCGGGUUUGUGUGGAGCCAACAGGGCGGAUGAUGCAUAUAGAUUGUUCAGGAAGAUGAAAGAGAGUGGUUGUAGUCCGGAUUUUGUUGCUUAUAAUGCUUUGCUUAAUGGGUUUUGUAAGUUGGGUAGAGUUGAUGAGGCUUUUGCGCUUUUGAAGUCAUUUGAGAAGGAUGGUUAUGUUCUCGGAUUACGUGGAUACACUAGUUUGAUUGAUGGGUUGUUUAGAGCUAAGAGAUAUCAUGAAGCCUAUGAAUGGUAUAGGAAGAUGUUGGAAGAUAAUGUUGAGCCUGACGUUGUUUUAUAUGCUGUGAUGAUACGAGGGUUAUCGGAGGCUGGUAAGGUUAAGCAUGCUAUGAAGUUGAUGAGUGAGAUGAGUUUAAGAGGCGUGGUUCCUGAUACUUAUUGUUACAAUGCCUUGAUCAAAGGGUUUUGUGAUAUGGGUCUGUUGGAUCAGGCUCGGUGCCUUCAACUAGAGAUUUUGAAGCGUGAUACCUCUCCUACUACUUGCACCUACACCAUUCUUAUUUGUGGCAUGUGCAGGAAUGGACUUGUUGAUGAUGCACAGAAAAUAUUCAAUGAGAUGGAAAGGGCUGGGUGUUUGCCUUCUGUUGUUACAUUCAAUGCACUUAUUGAUGGACUUUGUAAGGCUGGUGAGCUUGACAAAGCUAACCUUCUGUUCUAUAAGAUGGAGAUAGGAAGAAACCCUUCGUUAUUUCUUCGGCUCUCUCAGGGUGGCAAUCGGGUUCUUGACAGUGCUAGCUUGAAAACUAUGGUAGAGCAAUACUGUGAGUCUGGAUUGAUUCUUAAGGCCUACAAGAUUCUUACGAAACUUGCUGACAGUGGCAAUGUGCCAGAUAUCAGGACUUAUAACAUUUUGAUUAAUGGUUUCUGUAAGGCCAAUAACAUUAAUGGUGCUUUUAAGCUCUUCAAGGAGCUGCAACUCAAGGGGCUCUCUCCUGACAGUGUAACAUAUGGAACUCUUAUAACUGGUCUUCAAAGAGUUGGCAGGGAAGAUGAUGCCCUUAAAAUAUUUGAUGGCAUGAUAAAGAAGGGUUGUACCCCUAGCUUGGCAGUUUAUAGGUCACUUAUGAGUUGGUCUAGUCAGAGGAGUAAGGUUUCAUUAGCUUUUAGUCUUUGGUUGAAGUAUAUGAGGGAAAUUUCUGGUCGGGAACAUGAACCACUUGGGGAAAUAGAGGAACAUUUCCAGAAGGGAGAAGUGGAAAAGGCAGUCCGAGGCUUACUGGAAAUGGACUUUAAGCUUAAUGAUUUUAGUUUAGCACCUUAUACCAUUUUUCUUAAUGGAAUGUGUCAGGCUGGACAAGUAGAAGAAGCUUUAAAAAUUUUUGUAAUUCUAGAGGAGUGCAAGGUCAUCAUCACUCCUCCAAGCUGUGUGAAAUUGAUACAUGGUCUCUGCAAAAAAGGAAACCUUGACCAAGCAAUAGACAUUUUCCUUUACACAGUGACGAAUGGUUUCAUUUUGAUGCCCCGAAUUUGCAAUUAUCUACUUAAGUCUCUUCUUCGUUCUAGAGAGAAAAAAUAUCAAGCCUAUGAAAUUCUUAGCAGAAUGAAGUCUCUUGGAUAUGAUUUGGAUGCCUGCCUUUACCGAUCUACAAAAUCCCUUUUACCUAGUCAUUGGAGUUCAUGGGAAAUGGAAAAGUCAUCUCCUGGAUGAAUUUUGAAUGCAUAGAAAACGGAAACAUGUACAAUAUUUUGGGCGCUGCAGAGGAAAUAAGUGGAGUGAUUGGGGCCUGUUAAACUUUUUUGGUUCCCCAUUUCAACGUUGUACUCUUCACUGAUUUAAUCACCCAAGAGUUAUUAGGACCUGAUUACUGGGAGAAAUAACAGAAAUGAGUCAUUAGGAAAGUGGAUGGCAUAGACUACUUUCUAUGCAUCCAAAAUUUUUGUAAUUUAUACACUGAAUUAUUUUUGUAACUUUAUUGAUUGUUACG